UCGUGCAUAUAACAAUUAUAACGUAUAAAUGCCUGAACAAUUAUAGCUCUUGACGCAGUAAAUUCAUGACUCAGAGAUAUGUUCCACAAUUAUUAUCAACGCAUCUGUCCUGUGGGCAACAAACAAAAGUGAUCAGAUCGGCUGGUGAGAGGUAAAUCUGGCUACGUAAUUCACACGCGCCUUUUCAGCUGGCGUUAGCGUGGCGCAGGAAUGAUUCCACGAAAAACGCCGAUGUAACCGCUCUCGGAUUUUUUCUCUUUGAUGCUGCUUUAGUUCGUACAGUUUGUUUGGUGGAAGUGUGUGGAUUUGUGAUUUAUUGGCUUCUAUUACGGCUUAAUAUGGUCACAUGAUCGCAUGACAACUGUGAAUAGUGAAUGAGGGAAAGUUUUUCGGCUCUGCAGAAUUGUUUGGGGAAGAAGUGGAACGAAGGAAAUCGUUCGUACACGAAAUAUCGGCCCGAGUCGACGUGCAAUGUAAACAGGAAUGAAUAUGUUACAUUUAUGAAAAAAAUUUUUUUGUACUUUUCCAUUUUCGAUGAUAAACGUCAUCAUAGAUAAGCAAAUAUCUUAGCUAGUUUUGAUAUUGCUACUGGUUGAAAUGAGUAAAAUAGAAGAAAUUGUCGAAGGAAAGACACAGACAGACACAGUACACGAUGGGAAACUUCGCAAUGAAAUUGUCAGUAACUUUCUUCCACGGAUUACCAAUAGAAGCUCGAAGGAGAGAAUUAAAAUGGCAGAUGUAAUGCCACAGAUUAUUGCAAGCUGUAUCGUUCAUUGUAUAGCUAUAAAGGCCGGUGUAAACAUGGUAUACAGUACCAUUUUAUUAGAUGGGCUAGAAUCAAAUAAUACUGAUGUAAAAAUUACCGAGAGCGAAGGGUCUUGGAUAGCGAGCCUAGUUACAAUAACGUUGCCAAUAGGAUCCCUAAUCGCUGGGCCUCUAAUGGAUAAAUUCGGACGCAAAGUCGUUUGUUUAGUAUCGUGUAUCCCCGCGGCGAUAUCGUGGCUCGCACUGAUGCUGGCCAAAUCCGUGAUUGCCAUUUACGCGGCGCGAGUCGUAGCCGGAAUCGCGGCGGGCUUAACGACCGUCGGUCUGGUCUACAUAUCGGAGCUCACGCAUCCGCAGGUCCGGCCGAUGCUUCUGUGCCUUAACUCCGUGUUCGUGUCGUUGGGUAUACUAAUCACCUGCUGUCUGGCCGUGGCGCUGGACUGGCGGAAGAUGACCAUGAUUUUCCUUGCGUUAGAAUGUUGCAUUUUCUUCACGCUUUACUUCGUACCUGAGAGCCCGUACUGGCUCGUGUGUUUUCAAAACGGCGCGCUCGACGAGAAACGAAUUUCCAGGAUGAGACACAGUUUGAAGCGACUUAACAGAAGGGAAACCAUUCGUGAGGAGGAAUAUUCGCGAAUCAUGGAGACCUGCGGGAACCAUGAAGCGAGUGACAGAUCAAAAAAUAUCGUAGCGUCUGUAAAGAAUUAUUACCACUUGUUCACAGCCCCGCAUGCCUAUAAGCCUAUGCUGAUACUCUUCACGCUGUUCCUGCUGCAACAGCUGUCCGGUUCUUACGUGAUCAUAUUCUACGCUAUUUCCGUUUUUCACGAGAUGGGCGGGACGUUUGGCACUUUUAACGAACACGGCGCGCUUGUCAUGCUGGGCGUCAUUCGCUUCGUCAUAAGUGUGAUAACGGUUUUCUGCAGUAGAAAACACGGUAGACGGGUCCUUUGCAUCCUGAGCGGAAUCGGCAUGGCCAUCUCCAUGUUUCUCUCUGGGAUGUACAUGCAUUUCGCGGUGCUGUACGACGAGAACGGCAACGCCGAGGAAACCGUGGCGAAUCAAAAGUGGCUUCUGCUGUUCUUCGUGCUGUCGUACAUCUGCACCAGCUCGUUCGGCUUCGUGGUCAUACCGUGGACGCUGAUCGGAGAAUUGCUACCGGUGUCCAUACGCGGUGUCGGUGGGGGCCUCAUGGUUUCUUUCGCUUACGUAAUGAUGUUUGCCGUCAUAAAGAGCUACCCGUACAUCUUGAGAAGCAUGAGCAUCGAGGGCAUUUUUUUCUCUUUCAGCUUCAUGUCUCUGACCGGCACGGCUUUCGUGUACUUCUUCCUGCCCGAAACCCUGGGCAAGUCGUUCUCCGAUAUCGAGAAAUUCUUCUCUUCCGCGGGAGAGAAAAAAAUGCGCGAUGCUAACUCCCGAGAUCCUUGAUUUUGCCGCUUUCACUUUGGUUUUUAUUUAUGUGCGUAUUUUGCAUGCUGUAUAGUAGUAGUAUUUGCAGAGGGGAACUGUUAGGGGAGAUGGGACUGUUAAUAUUAUGUACAGGGGACAUUCCAAUGUCUCGAUAACAAUCUUUAUAAUAAAUAUUGUAAAAAAAUGUAACUAGUAGAA